AUGACAAAUGACGAGAAUCGAGAUGAUAUUGCAUUAGUCAUGAGUCUGCUCUUGUACGACCAGCGCGAGAAUCAAAUUCAACAAGAACGACAAUGUGCGUUGGAAGUUGAACGUACGAAACGGAAUAAAAAUAUUCCGCUGAGUGUUGUUGAACAGGAACGGUGCCAGGAUGAAGUGAUAAUGGUGGAAUUACAGCUCUGA